CCGCAUAGCGCGUGCGCGCAACACUUUUUUUAUUUCCACAUGUACCCACGUGUAAUUGGAUAUUAUCUGAAUUUGUUGGUGGGUUGAGUUAAACGUCAAGUUUAAACAUAUUUUACCAACAGAAGAGCAAUACGACUUAAAAAAAAAAGAGUAAAAUCUGUUUAGUUGGAUGGGGAAAUGAUCAGCAUUACAGUUUCACUGAGCAGCUGUAAAGGUUAGCGCUCUGAUAGGUUGACAGUGGCAGAGGUGGGCGUGGUCUGAAGAUGGGGGGACUCAGGACAGUUAAGCGGAGUGAGGUGUCACAGAAAAUCCUUCAACACGCCAUACAGCCGUUAUAACGAGCGAAUGGAAUAUCUAAACUAAACAAGUAAAAGCCCGACCUGCACAAGAGUUUCAACCCACCAUGCUUAAGGUGUGAAUAACAGUGAUCUAUGCCAGUUGAUGGAGCCAGAACAAAUGUGAGUCAUGACCACUAAGGGCCACAGGUAAAGACCAAACCACAUCUCCAGCAUGGAGCUCGCAGGUGGCUCCUUCCCAGUGGUUCCUGAGGCUGAGCUGUACCGCAGCAUCCAGGCCGUGCUGCCCAGGGAAACAGACGGGGGGCAGUCUCCAGCCUGUUCCAACAAAGGAAUGCUGAGAUGGACGCUUCAUAAGAAGGUUCAAAACAACCCUGUCAACAGUUUAUCUUUAGUGUGGGUGCUGAUAAAGGAGCUGGAAAAGGCUGAAAGAUGUGAUUCACGGAAAUGCAUCAUUCCAUUGCUCCACACGUUGAUGUAUGCAAUAAUCCAGGCGGCCUACAUUCCAGAUGAUCUCUACAAACGUGUGUAUGACUUUUGUAAGAGACUGCUGACUUAUCCUCAGCCGUACUGCUCCGUGGGCCUCAGUUACACCAGGCAGAUCAAAGCUGAACGCCUGGUUCCAGGUUUAAUGUACCAGAGAAUGUUGACGGCUGAGCAGAGGCUGAAAAAUGAGCACUAUCCUUUUCAGGAAAGGGUUUUUGUUCUCGCUGAUCCAGAAGUCUUUUCGGGUUCCUUGAUUCCUGCCCUUUUUGACGAGGCGUCAGCUGGACUGAAUCGUCUUGAUCACAUGUGCAACGUCGUCCAACACACAAUACAAGCUUCUUUGGGUGAAGAGUGUCAUGGUUCCAAACUGGCCCAUGUGCUCAAGAAGGGUCAGGACAUUGAGCCAUACUUUCAGGAAGUUCAGGCAGUCCUGGAACAGAUGGCAGAGGAGGGCAGCAAAAGAGAAGGUGGAGCGCUGCGGACUCAGAUCCAGCAGCUCUACAGGGAGAUCUUCUCACACGCAGAUUCAGAGCCAUUGUGUGGGGGGCCGCUGUGUGACUGUCCUCUUCCUAACCCGGAGAUGAGCUUCCACCUGUGGACGGAGGAUCUGGAUAUCUGGCGAGAGCUGACCAAGUGGUUUCGAUCCAGCAACAUGUUGGAGCACUUCCCUUCCUUCUGCGAAGACGAGGACGACUUUGACUUCGGCGAUCCGCUCAGCACCAUGAUAGAAGUUGACAUGCCUCGCUUCUCCAUUUUGUCCAGCGACAGUGGGAUUGAAAAAGACCUCCCCCCUGGUGACGAUACCUUCUCAGUGUCUUCUCUGGACACUAAUAGUCCGAGUCCUUUAGGUGAACCAAGCAACGGGCGAGACUUUGGGAAGCUGAGUCGGCGUAACUGCAUGAAGGUAAAACCCUCUGCUGAAAGCGGGAGGCUGAUUCAGGAGACGCUGGAGGAUGGCGUCAGCCAGGCGGCAGGUGGAGGAGGCGACGAAAGAAGAGGUACCACUCUGCAGAGGCGGACAGGAGCCAACUCCGUCAACUUCCUCAAGCAACAGAAACCCUACACAGCCAGGAUAGUCAUCAUGGGGGAUGACAGGGUCGUGGGUCGCUUGACUAAGGCCUACUACCUCCUCAAGAAAAGAGAAGCACGCCGGCUUUAUCUCACGAAUAAAGUCAGCCUCCAGUUUUACUACAUUCCUGUUUGCACGGCUCAGUGUUGCUGCUCCUCUGUCGAGAAACCCCUCAGUGAGUCCAGAGACUCCUGCUCUCUCGGUUCUUACUUGAGCAACGUGGACCCGUGGUACAACUGUAACGUCAAGAGCUUGAGCCCCAUGAUCCAUAAUCUGGCCAAAAUGCAACCAAUGAACACCGGAAGACCAAAAGAUCCCUUCAUCUCUGAUGUCAUCUCCUACUACGUCCGCUGUGGCCAGCAGCCCGUCUAUUUCAACAUCUUCUUCGUUAAGAUUUCCUUCACCAGAGAAGAAAAGGAAGCUGUAGAAGAUGUUUUUGUCACCCACCUGGACAUGGAGUUCCCAGAGUUCAGACACUUCAUUGAAUCAAUCAAAGGCGAUAAACCCAAGAAGGUCUCUGCAGAAUUUUGUGGAGGGGUCAUCUCCAUGAAUUACAAGAAGGUAACGCUGAGCGGCCGAGACGUGGAGAAAGGGCUGUCAGUCCGGACGUCCAGAGCUCAGAUCAGUGCCAUUCCCUCCAACGAAGCAGAAGACCUCAACUGUUUGAGCCUGACUCUAAAUGAGGUAUCCACGAAGAACAAGAGCACUGUUGUGGAGCCAAAGAUCCGUAGCAACAACAUAAAGCUCCGCACUCUGGAAAGUCGAUCUUUCACCGUCACCCUGGACAGAGACAGUCGACGGACCUACAAAGACGUGCAGAGUGUGGAGAUCUCCCCUUGUCUGGAUCCGGGAUACUUCGCCCACAGAACCAGGACGCUCAAAGUGGACCAGGACGAGCAAGAAGCUGGACUCAGCAAAUACAUGAGGAAAACUCUCCUCCUGCCAAUCAAUACGUUUGCAGGCAUCAUCAACUGACCGACGGAAGUCUUCUUAAGCUGCUCCUGGAAACUAAAGGACAGUCGCCAUUCUAGGAACUGAUUUUGUUGUUUUUGCUCCACAUACUUUAAUUAACGCGGACAGUCGUCUUGUGUAAAUAUGGAUUCGCUGUGGAGCCCUUAGCUGGAGUUGCACCUUUCUGCAUCUCUGUGAGGGGCGGGGCCUCGAUGGAGGGCCACUGUGACACAGGUGCUCUCAUCAGAUUAAGCUCUGGAGGUCAAUGCAUGGGACACUUUAACUUAUUGACACAGGAGAUGUUGGCGGCGACGCCAAAAUGACUCCGACUGUUUAUGCAAAUGGUGAAAUCAGCUGAUUUUGAUGCAUCAGAAUCGGCUGAUUUAGCAGUUGUGACUAAGGUUUAAGCUCCUCAAAGCGUGUUCUAGCACUUAAACGAAACAAAGCACCCAUCAGGUAAAAUCCACUCCACACGUCUACAAUCUGAAUGUUGUUCCGUAAUGCCGAUCUUCCUUUUGAGAAGUGACUCUGGAACUUUCUAAUCAUGAAGUUACCUGAUCUAUAAAUGCACUACUUAAAAAAAAAAAAAAAAAACCUUUUCCUUGACACAACAAUAAGUAGGUCAUUCACACAAUCCUGCAGACUGACUUGGCUCGCCUCCAGCUCAAAUCAGUGGUUACCGUAACAUAGAUUUGAUGUUUCGAUCUGGUUCUGGCAGCUCGUUCUUCCUGUGCCUGUUACUUCAUUGUCAGGAAGGGCUCUCCACACCUCCAGCAGCUCCUGGGAACCAGUUAAAAACAAAACUUUUAUAGAUGCAGUUACAGUAAGAAGCUGCUAGUCUGGUUUUGCUGCUUACGAGCAUUUGAGAGCAAACAAAGGACAAUUAUGAUCAAAAAUAUUUGAGUAAGUGUUUGUUUCUCGAUUUGUGCUUUUUUUGGCACCACCAAGGUGCAUCUGCUUCUCGUGGAAGGUAACUUGUGGAGUGGAGCAGCUGCACUGUGUUUGACCUGAUCCUAAUGACUGUGAAACCUCUUCCUUCAUGUUCCAAAGAGCUGUAGGACUUCUGACAUGACUACUUGUUCAGCUGUUACAACUGGAUUUUUUUUUUUAAAUCCUUUAAUGUAUAUUUUUUGUUUUGUUGAAUAACACUCCUGUAGAUUAUUUAGCUGUCAGUAGAAGUCCAUGGGGUUUGGGUCUUUAGGUCUAACAUCAUGAGUUUAAAAUUUACAUAAUAUGUUGCACUUUUUUCUAAUGUAUAAAUAGAUCCUAAAUGUAAUUGUGUGAAUAAACAAAAAAGUGAAUUGACAUGUAAAUAAACCCUUCUCAGAGAUCAACUUUCUUUAAAAUAUGUAAUUACAUACAGUGGCCACCAGAUGGCGCCAGUGAGUCAGAGCGGCUCUGGGCGCUUUGCACGCUGCGUGGAGCUGCACGCGCUCCGGCACCUGCGGGAGGAUGCGCGAGCCGCAGGAGCAGAGCCGUUUGCUCCUCAGCAGGCUGAAGACCGACCGCCGAUGCACUGAGGCUCCAGCAGCGCCUGUGCCCGCCGAGCUUCACGUUUUCCCGCAGAAACGUCGAUGGAGAAGAAGGAGAAGGAAGGCUCUCUGCACGUCUACGGUUCACUGGAGCACACCGAAUGGAGCACGCGCGCCAACAAAGCAGGUUAUCUGUGUACUGUUCACCUGCAUGAGACCAAACCUCUGUGGGUUUAUGUUUAUAUCAUGAUUAGGGGCAAUGUUAAUGCAGAGCAUCAAUUCUAUGUGGGUGGAGUGUUUAAGUAUUUCUUUCAAAUAUUUUGUGUUUAUUUAUUAAUUUACUAAAUGAAUAAGAAUGUAUUAUCGUUUUUAAAAUCAUGCUGCAAAAUCAAGAAUCCACAGGUGUCUUUCAAGUGUCAAUGUUGUGUGUUGUACCUGUGUGUUCCAUUGCAUGAUCAUGUCAUCCAUGUAAGUGAAUUAAAAGGUGAUUCUUCCUCUUGCUUUUA